AUGCCUCCGAGAUUCCAGACGCUGCCGCCGGCGCAGACCUCGUCGGCGCGCGAGGCGCUGCAGUCCUUCUACUGCCAGCUCUGCCAGAAGGGCUACACCCGCAUGAACGACUACGAGGCCCACCUCAGCUCCUACGACCACAGCCACAAGCAGCGCCUCAAGGACAUGAAGGCCAUGGUCCGCGACCCCAACGCCGCCGCUCGUGCCCGGAAGCAGGAGGCCAAGGCCGAAGGUGUGAUCAGCAUCAAGCUCGGCGACGGCGCAGGCGGCGGGAGCAACAGCGCGGCAGGCGGCGGCGGCGGAGGAGGAGGAGGCUUCAAGAAGGGCGGUUUCAAGAAGUCGGGCUUCAAGUCGGCAUUCGUCGCCGUGGAUGCCGAGUCCGAGGCCGCCGCGGCGGCACCGGAACCUGCGCGCAAGGACAACGCCCGGCCGCAAGCCGAGGCGAAGGAGCAGUCAAUACCCAGGAGCACGCUCGUGGAGAGCGAUACCGAGGACGAAGGCUACGAGAUGUACGACCCGCGACACCCGACCGACUGA